GAACUAGAUUGCUCAAAGAUAUAGUAUCCUACACUACGUGGUCGGAGAUCGACAUAUAAAUACCUCAUCGCAUCCUUCUUUACGAACAGAGUGGAGCAAGAACUGUCAAAAUGCUACGAAUUUUCAUCUCGUUCUAUCUAUUCAACUUAUGUCUUUCGACUCCACUUCAGAAAAAGGCUGAUAAUUUGCUGACGAGGCAUGCAAGGAGCGUAGCUGGUCGAGAAAUAGGAUGUACGGAUAUGGACAGUGUCCCAGGGGACUAUAUUUACAGCUCAAUAGGAGGCCAACAAGUGUGUGGAUUUUUCCUCAUAGGACUAACAGACCAACUCGUAGAGAUAGAAUUCACAAGCUUUAAUAUUGGGUGCCAAGACGGGGGAUUGCUUAGUAUUGUAGAUGGCUGGGAACUUCAGGGUCAGUACUUCCCGAGUGAGCAGGACCACCAAGUGCCAAUAGACUCGAGAUUCAACUCGUUUUGUGGCGAAGAUGCCCCAAAGAAAUUCUACAUAUCUUCCCAGAACGUGGCCUUGCUGCAAUUUAGAAUACCGGUUAUUGGACAGGGUUUCCAGGUCAAAGUUAAUUUUCCACAAAAUCCCGAACCGUGUAAUGCUGUAUCAAUAUUUCAAGAAGGCGAAUAUACACUUUCUAAUUACGGCAAAAGAAGAAAUUGCUCACUGUCCAUUAUAUAUCCCGAGCGAAUUGAAUUUGAAGAGGUGAAUGUUGGAUCGAACCCAGAUAUACCUAUGGGCUUGAGACGGGCUGGUACUAUAGAAAGGUGCCGCACACGUAAAGGUGGAGAUUACGUUGAAGUUCGUGAUGGAAACGGCAUGGACCCAAUGACGAUGUGGAAGGUUGGUCACUUUUGUGGGAUGGAAACCCCUGCCGGUGCUUUGUUCUAUGAUCUCGGUUGUCAACAUUCCGUAGUACGCGAAUACAGGUUGUUUACAUCCCCGUUGCUUAAGUACGAGUUUGGCAUCUUCAAUCCAUCCCAACGACAAGAGCCCCGUACCCAAUCGGAGCCAGAUUGAGUUCUGGGUAAUUCCCUCUUCCCGUAAGAUUAGCUGGAAAAAGAUAUCUACACCAAGAGAGAAUGGCUACCGGAUAUCAGAGACACUGUACGAAACAAAAAUCUCAGGGCAUGAAACUCAUAGGAAAUUAUGAGCUACUGGCGUCCUCUGUUAGCAAUUUUACUUGUGCGGAGAAUACAUACAAUACAUAACCGUAUACUAUCAAAAUACUGAUCACAAAGACUAUAGUUAAACCAUAGCUAGAAGCUCAGAUAUUAAUUUAUUGACUGCAAGCAAAACUCUAUUUGAACGUGUAAAAUAGCUCCAUAUU